CGGGGCCGUGCCGGGCCGCUCUGAGCCGGUCCGGGUUGAGCAGUGCCGGCUGUUUGGCGCCGGCACCUGCAGCCAUGAGCUACGACAGCCGCCGGGACUGGGGCCGCGGCCGYGGCCGUGGCGGCGAUGGCGGCUCUAGCUCCGCCGCCUCCUCCUCGGCGGGCUGGUCCGGCGGGCGCGGACGGCACCCCAGCCACCUGAGGGGCCGCGAUAUCGGGCUGUGGUACGCGCGCAAGCAGGGCCAGAAGAGCCGAGACUCGGAGCGGCAGCAGAGAGCCGUUGUGCARAUGGAUGAGCGCAGGGAAGAGCAAAUCGUGCAGCUGCUGAAUUCUGUCCAGGCAAAAAACGACAAAGAGCAAGAAGCCCAGUCCUGGUGGUCUGGAGAUGAAGAAAGCCCURCUCCAGAAAAGCCUGCCAAAGUGAAACCGAAUGCUGAAAAAGCKUCUAUUAAACAGACAACAGCCUGGGAAAAAGCAUUCCUGACUAGGGAURUGGAAUAUCUGUCUGAAAAAAAUGAGAAGGAUGCUGGUUUAGAUGAGCAGCUUAAAGAAGACUUAAUGAAGAAAAGAUCUGAUCCCAAAUAUAUUGAAAUGCAGAGGUUCCGAGAGAAGCUCCCCUCAUAUGGGAUGAGAGAGGAACUCGUGAAGCUGAUCAACAGCAACUCCGUGGUGGUGAUCAGUGGYGAGACGGGCUGCGGGAAGACCACGCAGGUGACCCAGUUCAUCCUGGACGAUCACAUCGAGCGCGGCCUGGGCUCCACGUGCCGCAUCGUGUGCACCCAGCCCCGCAGGAUCAGCGCCAUCUCCGUGGCUGAGAGAGUGGCUGCUGAGAGGGCAGAGGUCUGUGGCAAUGGCAAGAGCACGGGGUACCAGAUCCGCCUKCAGAGUCGGUUGCCGAGGAAACAAGGUUCCAUUUUGUACUGUACCACGGGAAUUGUCCUGCAGUGGCUCCAGUCAGAUAAGUUCUUGUCCAGCAUCAGUCAUAUAGUUCUUGAUGAAAUCCAUGAAAGAAAUCUUCAGUCAGAUGUUUUAAUGAGAAUUGUUAAAAACCUUCUGGAUAUUCGACAUGAUCUGAAAGUCAUACUGAUGAGUGCUACUUUAAAUGCAGAGAAGUUUUCUGCGUACUUUGACCAUUGCCCRAUGAUUCACAUUCCUGGGUUCACUUUCCCAGUGGUGGAAUAUCUGCUGGAAGAUGUCAUUGAGAUGUUGAGCUACAGCCCGGAAAAGAUGGACCGUCAGAUGCACUGGAAAAAGCGCUUCAUGCAGGGCCAUGUGAGCAGGCCAGAGAAGGAGGAGAAGGAGGAGCUCUACAAGCAGCAGUGGCCAGGCUACCUAAGGCACCUGCAGGGCAGGUAUUCAGACAGUACAAUCAGUGCCCUGGAAAUGAUGGAUGAUGACAAGGUGGACCUGGACCUUAUAGCAGCACUGAUCAGACACAUUGUGCUGAAGGAGGAGGAUGGUGCAAUUCUUGUUUUUCUGCCAGGCUGGGACAAUAUCAGCACUUUGCAUGAGCUCUUGAUGUCACAAACCAUGUUUAAGUCAGAUAGGUUUCUUAUCAUACCUCUGCAUUCAUUGAUGCCUACUGUUAACCAGACUCAGGUGUUCAAGAAGACCCCGCCAGGAGUAAGGAAAAUCGUGAUUGCAACCAACAUUGCAGAGACCAGCAUCACAAUUGAUGACGUCGUGUUYGUCAUAGAUGGGGGGAAAAUAAAGGAGACUCACUUUGACACCCAGAACAACAUCAGCACCAUGACAGCAGAGUGGGUCAGCAAAGCCAAUGCCAAGCAGAGGAAGGGUCGAGCAGGAAGAGUACAGCCAGGCCACUGUUACCAUCUGUACAAUGGGCUGCGUGCCAGCCUUCUGGAUGAUUACCAGUUACCAGAGAUCCUGAGGACACCUUUGGAAGAACUCUGCUUACAAAUCAAGAUCCUGAAGCUUGGUGAAAUUGCCUAUUUUCUGAGCAAACUGAUGGACCCCCCAGCUCAUGAUGCUGUGAUGUUGGCCAUAAAUCACCUCAUGGAGCUGAAUGCUCUGGACAGGCAGGAGGAGCUCACCCCGCUGGGGAUCCACCUGGCUCGGCUGCCCGUGGAGCCACACAUUGGGAAGAUGAUCCUGUUUGGAGCCCUCUUCUGCUGCCUGGACCCUGUGCUGACCAUUGCAGCCAGCCUCGGCUUCAAGGACCCUUUUGUCAUCCCUCUGGGCAAAGAGAAAAUUGCAGAUGCAAGAAGAAAGGUGCUGUCAAAGAACUCAAAAAGUGACCAUCUGACUGUGCUGAAUGCUUUCACUGGCUGGGAAGAGGCACGGCGUUGUGGUUUUAGGAAUGAGAAGGACUAUUGCUGGGAACAUUUCCUGUCCUCACAUACCAUGCAGAUGCUGCAUAACAUGAAAGGGCAGUUUGCUGAGCAUCUCCUUGCAGCUGGAUUUGUGAGUAGCAAGGACCCCAAGGAUCCCAAAUCUAACACCAACUCAGGUAAUGAGAAGUUGCUCAAAGCAGUCAUCUGUGCUGGCCUCUAUCCCAAAGUGGCAAAGAUCCGACCCAGCUUCAGCAAAAGGAAAAAAAUGCUKAAAGUUUACACCAAGCCAGAUGGAUUAGUUAAUAUCCAUCCCAAAUCGGUUAACGCGGUGGAAACAGAGUUCCAUUAUGACUGGCUCGUGUACCAUUUGAAGAUGAGGACCAGCAGUAUUUACCUGUAUGAUUGUACAGAGGUGUCUCCAUACUGCCUUUUGUUCUUUGGAGGGGAUAUAUCCAUUCAGAAGGAUAAGGACCAGGAAACCAUCGCUGUGGAYGACUGGAUUGUUUUCCAAUCUCCAGCAAGAAUUGCACACUUGGUCAAGGAUUUGAGAAAAGARCUUGAUGAUCUUCUACAAGAAAAAAUAGAAAACCCCCAUCCCGUGGACUGGAAUGAUACCAAAUCCAGGGAUACAGCAAUGCUGACAGCUAUUAUAGACUUGAUCACCACGCAGGAGAACGAGGAAAUCAAAAACUUCGCGCCGCGCUUCCAGGGUGAGCGCCACAGCUGACAUGCUUCGCUGAGCCACACUGCCAGCCCAGCCACCUUCUUUUUUACAGCAUUUCUUUAGCUAGAGGAACAACUUUUGUAGGGUAAACUGGUAUUUUCCUCAUCCCGAGGAGCACUUAUUUGGAGCUAGUUGGCAGUAUGUGUACAUGCAUGUGUUCUGUGCUCAGUAGCUUUGGGAGGGAGAGAAAGGCAGUGUUGGAUGGUGUAUGGUUCUUGUCCUGUUGUAGCUAUUUUCUUUGGUUUUUUUAUCCAUCAGGUAACAGAAACUUAAAAGAACUGUUAAAAUACUGCUUAGUAAUACCUAAACUGUUUUUUUUUAGUGGGGUGUGGUAAGUAAUUACAUUGCUGUGUUAUUCCAGCUGUGCAGCACUCUGCUCACCAACACUUCCACAGAAGGUAAUUUACAGCUUAAUUAAGCUAAACCUGAAAACACUUGUUGAAUUUGUACUAUGGCAGGAAACAAUCUUCAGAAAUAUUCUCCUCUUCUGCAUUUCAUGCCAUUCAAUUAACCUUCCUUUUYUUUCUGUCCCCAUCCAUCAUCAUUACUGACUGAAAUUGCAGAUUAGGGCAAGCGUGGCAAGAUAAAAGUCAUGUUGGGUUAUGUGUUAAGGUUUAAUUGCAUUUGAAUUUAUUUUUUUUUAAGAAGUUCAUGUUUGGGUUAUAGUAUUCCAUUAAAAAUCUUUUUUAAGUCUUAUUUCAACUGUUCUCAAUGUUUUGAAUGUCAUUCUGUUUUGAAUGAUUUCCAGUUAUGGAAGAAUGUUUGAAUAAAAACGUUUGUUAAGCAUUUUGAGGUUUAUGCUCGAGCAAGAAAAGCUCUUGUGUCUCCUUUUAUUUGCCUAGAACUAGAAMUUUUCUCUC